AAAAAAAGAAAAAAAAAUUGCGUUAGAAAUUGUAAAAACUGCGAAAACGUACAAGUGCAGGCUAUUCGAAAGGCAGUUGUACGCCAAAAACAAGGAGAAUCUUUGCCUAUGCCAUAGUCCUAUAUACAAAGCAACUAAGAUUGCGCUGCAGCGAGUGAUUGUUGUUGGAUUGGUGUAAGCAGCAGCAGUAAACGAUCGAACGACUCUACGACCGCCAAGGAAGCGCCCUCCCGCCCUCGCAACGCCCAGCAAAAGUAGGCAACGACAAUAACAAAACACAAAUCUGUAGUAGCUUGGAAGUAGUAAACAAAAGGAGACUAACAAAACUAAACUACUAAACAUGGAUGUUUUCAUUAUGAUCAGAAGGCAAAAGACAACCAUAUUUACGGACGCCAAGGAAAACACAUUGGUUCUCGAACUGAAACGCAUGAUUGAAGGGAUUUUAAAAGUGGCGCCUUCGGAUCAACGAUUAUACAAUCAGGACAAUGACAUCAUGGAGGACGAUCACACGUUGCAGGACUACGGCGUUACGGUAUCUACGGCAAAGGCGCAAGCGCCAGCGCAAUUGGGUCUAACAUGCAGGAAUGAGCUGGGUGACUUUGAGACACUUGAUAUCACACCAUAUUCAGCACCACCAGACUUACCAGAAGUAAUGAAGAAUCAAGAGGCCUCAAACGGACAGGAGCAGGUCGCUUAAGCCGAGAGCAGAAACAUUUACAACAACAAAAGUCACCGUUGCUGCGUGGGAAACUAAAGUAAACUCCAUCAGAGAGUCAUAUUUAGAACACCGCUCGCCGGCCGUCUAUUCACAUCAAGUCAAAGUCAACUCUCUCUUUAUACUUCGCCUGGUCACACACACAACCGCAACUGAAACAACAACAAAUUCAACAUCAGCAAUAGCUUAAUACACAAGUAUGCAUUUUUUCGUUGGUUAUAGCCAGGAACUGUUUAAUUAAUAUGAUAAUACAAAAUUGUAAUUUGGCGUAGGAUUUAUUGACUUUAUCCCUUUUGUUUGUUUAUGGAAUUUGUACGAAUUUGUUUAA